AUGAUGUGGCAAUACUUAAAACGCCUCUUCUUCCCUGUCGCAGCGCUUUACUUGUGCUCUAUCCUACUAUCAAGAACCUUCGAGACACCCACGGCACCAUUCUGUACCAAGACCUUCACACCUCAAGAGCAACUACACAUUCCAAUCACUCAUCCAUUUCUCAAUGCUUCACAUCAUCUCGAUUUGCAUCAACAAAUCGAUGUCGCACAAUCAAAGCUAAAUGAAGCGGAUUCGCCCAAUAAUGGGCCCACUGAUGAAAAGAUCAGAAUUCCAGCCCCAAUUCUUGGACUUGCAGCAUGUCCUCAAGAGCCCAAUCGUUUUACUGGUCAUAUUCGACUUCCGAAUCUCCUUUACAAUAUAUCCAUGUCACCAGCUUCAGCAUUGUUUGAAGAUCAAAGAACAUUCUGGAAUCCUACCAUAUUCGCACUUCCACAUUGGGCAAACAAUCAAUAUAUCAUUGUUAACAUGGUUGCUCCCAAUGACGAGGCAUAUCGACGAAACGUCAUCUGCGAAGCGAAUAUCUGCCAUCCGAAAUCUACGAAGUCUACCAUAUCGAAGGAGAAGUACUGCACUGAAGACGACUUAAGAAUCCUAGGACCUAGCGGCGGACUUCGUUGCGUUACAACUCCGCUUGAAGUCAAUGUGCCACCAACCCCGGCAGAGAAGUGUGAAGGCAUGGAGCAAGUUCUCGCAGAUAUUCCUGGCUUUCAUGACCCGAAAUUACUUUACUCUGGCAGAGGAGAACCAAUCUUGAUGGUUGUCUCACAGCAAGUAGCCCAAUGCUAUUUGUCGCGAUAUGCGUGCAUUGGACUUUGGGCGAUCGACCUGCGAACUGUGUAUCCAACCAUUGAGGAAACAUUCUCGUCAUCUCCUAGACGCUUGGGACCUGGUCCUCUCAUGACAUACCCGACCUUGACAGAGCUCACUCGAAACCCUCCUUGGACUCGCCGAUCGUACGAGAAAAACUGGGUUAUGUUCUCAACGUCACCGUCCACAUCUUACAUUCAAUACGACUUAAAUUCCACUACUCGUACUUUCGCACAGCUUGUCGGAAGCGGACUUACUACGACAAACAUGACGGAUCCUUUGGAGGAACCUUGUUUGAGCGAUCCUACCCCAGAAGAAUUAGCCAGCGGCCACUCCAUGGCAGAUGCAUCAUGGCACCAAGCCACUCCAGCAUUGAAACUUAUUCUGUGCGAAAGAGCGAACGCAACUUGCGUUCGUGAAAAUUCAAAUAUCGUCUUCUUUGCCGCAAUUCAGAGAAAGCAUGUCAAUGGAUAUGGUUUGCCUGUUCGAUAUGAGCGAUAUUUUGUUGUUUGGUCUGCGACAGCGCCUUUCAACAUGCUCGCAGUCAGCCAGCAUCCUAUACUCUUUGCAAAUGAAACGAAUCGAGGUUGGACUAUCGAAGAGAUCUGGGACGACUCACCGAUUGACCUCGAGACGGGAAAGGGAGAAUGGGGGCGAUUUACCUACACCACAACCAUCGCAUAUGCAUGGGGAAGAGAGGAGACAGACAUCAGGGAAAAGGGAGUGGGCUACCUGGAUGAUGAGGUUAUUUUGAGUGUUGGUAUUGAUGAUGAAGGUGGUUUGUAUGGGAAGGCGAGGGUCUCUGAAUUGUUACAAUGUCUGAGAACAUGUCCAGGUCGAAUAGGUCGCUUGUUCUCGCUACCUCAAAGACAAUUUGAGGCCUUUCCGAAGACGGGCAACUCAAAGGCGGGCUAUUUACUCGCUUACGGUGCGACUUGCAACAGAGUUAUUUUCGAGAGUGGGCGGAGGACAAUUUGGCGAGAACAAGUGUGA